GAAAAACUAUUUAUCUCGAGUUCACUGUUCAAGCUGGCGAUUACCCAGUACUUUUUAAUCUCGAGCGCCAUUUCUGAUAGAAGCACCUAGUAUCCGUACUUAUCGAAAACUUGGAGAACCGGCAUUCUGCUCUUGCGCAGCGCAGCAUUCAAGAAACGCUGUAGGAGUCGAUAACUCGGCUCCGAAUGUACUUUAAGCCUGAAACCCCUCAUUUCCCCCACCAACCUCCCGGUCUCCAGCGCAGCGAUCCAUUUUUAAAUCCAUGAUGUCGUCCGCAGGACCCGAUACCGAAGACCUAUCAGAAACACAAAGUUCUGCACCAGCUCCUACAUCCUCUGUUACUCGGUCAUUGAAGAAUAUACGGCACAUAGAUAGAGAAGAGGGGGAAGGUGAUUCCACACAGGUUGCGGAGAUGGAGGGUGUAGCAACGCGCGCGCGUGGACUGAAACGUAAACAAGCACUACAAAAUAUGCCCAGCAAAAAGGCUAAACGAGGAGCAACAAAGAAAUCAACAAAACAACCGCCAGGUGCUCGCGAAGCAAUACUUGCUAAAGAACUCCGAUGCUUCAGCAACGAUACAAAAGAAGUCAUGAAAUGGAGCGUAUGGAUGCAACAGCUAGGGGAGCAAAUUCGGCAUAUGGAGAAACGCUUCUCGACCAUGUCAUCGCAACAUAGCAAUACCCGCGACAACGCCACAAGAACUUUUCACAAGCGAUCACAAUCCCUAAUUAAGGAGUUGGAGACACUCCAGACACGCACAGAGCAAUUGUCGGACAAAAUGAGACAGGACGUUAUAGAACCGCUCGGGGAGUUGCAAUCAGAGGAGAGAAGAGCAGAUGGGGGAGGGAAUGGUAAUGGUAAUGGACCAGGGAGAUCGGGCGACUUGAGACGUAGAGGACAGGCUGUAAAUAGUAUACAAUAGAGAACACCCCGUACGUUGGUGUCAAAAGUG